CCUCCUCCUCGGACCUCCCUGUAUCUGGAAGUGAAACAUUCUUCUUCAGACCCGAGGAGGAGUGAGGCUGCCGUCCUGGAGAGUCUGAGCCCAGCUGCAGUUUUUCACUGUUCUGCUCUUCAGUCCAGGUGGAAAGGAUGGGAGCCAACAACAACAAGAACUCUGACACCGCCGGGACACCGGCCCGCCGCUGGAACCCUUUCAACAGCAUCAAGUUCUUCGUGUUCUGCCACAGUCUACUGCAGCUGGCCCAGCUGUUGGUGUCGGGCUACAUGAAGAGCUCCAUCUCCACCAUCGAGAGGCGUUACGGCCUCUCCAGCCAGAAGUCUGGGAUCCUCGCCUCCUUCAAUGAGGUGGGAAACAUCGUCCUCAUCGUCUUCGUCAGUUUCUUCGGCAGUCGGGUCCACCGACCGCGGUACAUCGGGGGCGGAGCUCUGCUGGCCUGUUUGGCGUCGCUGAUGAUGGCGAUGCCGCACUUCGUGAGCGAGCAGUACAACUUCACGGACCGGCUAAGCUACUCAGGAGACAACAACACCCGUCUCUGUCUGUCUGGGACAUCUCCUCGUCCCUCCAAUGAGACGUGCCAGGAGGUGGAUAGCCCCUCCCACCAGGUGGUCUACCCCCUGCUGCUUCUGGGUCAGCUACUGCUGGGCAUUGGCGCUGUCCCCAUCCAACCGUUCGGCAUCUCCUACAUCGAUGACUACGCCAGCCGGAAGAACUCGCCACUCUACCUCGGAAUCCUCCUCGCCGUCACCUCCAUCGGCCCGGCCUUUGGCUUCGUCACCGGCUCCUUCAUGCUGCGCUUCUACGUGGACUUCGACAAGCUGUCCCCAGGCAGGAUCAAGUUGGAUCAGAAGGACCUUCGUUGGGUCGGGGCCUGGUGGCUCGGCUUCCUGGUGGCUUCCUGUUUCCUCUUCCUCACUGCUCUGCCGUACAUGUUCUUCCCCAGAGAGAUGCCUAAAGAGAACGAUGCAGACGGUGCCGAGUCCAGUCCGGACACUAAAGAGAGGCCGGCAGGCCCGGUUCAGGAAGACUCCCUGCUUCACUUCCUCAAAAGUUUUCCAGGUAUCGCCAUGCGGACUCUGCAGACUCCCGUCUACCUGCUGGUGGUUCUGGCCCAGGUGAACCUGGCGGCGCUGUUGUCGGGUCUCGCCACCUUCAUGGCCAAGUUCGUCGAGAAGCAGUUCACUCAGACGGUGCCGUUCUCCAACAUGAUGAUAGGAGGAGUUAGCAUCCCGCUGGCGGUCCUGGGGAUCGUUCUAGGCGGAGCUAUAAUGCGGAGGUUCAAUCUGUCGGUCAGCGGCGCCAGCAAGCUGUGCACGGUGGCCAUCUUGCUCUGCAUGUUCUCCGCCCUCCCGCUGCUGCUGAUUGGCUGCCCCACUCAGAAGAUCGCCAGGGUCUUCCCUCCCAGCUCUUCAGACUGCAGUUCUGCCUGUCAGUGUCCAGAGGAGGCCUUUAACCCGGUCUGCGGUUCUGACGGGGUGGAGUUCCUGUCUCCGUGCCACGCCGGCUGCUCGUUUGUGGAAAUGACCUUCAUCAACAGGAAGGUGAUCACGAACUACACAGAGUGUCGGUGUGUCAGCGGUUCUGGUUCAGCCCAGCCCGGGACCUGCGGCAGCGGCUGCUCCCACCUCCUGCUGCCCUUCAUGGCGCUGCUGGGUCUGACCAGCUUCAUCGCCUCCUUCUCCCAGACGCCGUCCUACAUGAUGAUCCUCAGGACGGUGUCUCCUGAGGACAAGUCUUUUGCAGUGGGAGUCCAGUACAUGCUGUUCAGGGUCCUUGCGUUCAUGCCCGGCCCAGUUCUGUACGGCAGCGUCAUCGACACUACCUGCAUCCUGUGGGGGAGGAAGUGUGGCAAGAGGACUUCCUGUCACUACUACAACCUGGACGCCUUCAGACAGAGGUUCCUGGGUGUGAUGGUGGCGUUCGUCUGCGGAGGGCUGCUCUGCUUCCUGCUGACCAUCGUCGUCCUCCGGAGGAGAGCCAGACCUUGUAAAGCGCCAGCUGAGGGAGCGUACGAGCUGGUGGAGGAGCAGGAAACUCCAGAGUAAAGCCAGCAGUGUGAAGACCUGAGGAGACGGAGAACGCUGGAGAACAACAAGGAGGUGGAGCGUUUCGAUGUUCUGGAAGGAACAUGGAGCUUCUCCUGACUCUAAAAACACCGUCGGCCUGAUUUACGAGACAAACUUCUUUGUUUCAGUCUGUGUCCAGCUCUGCACACGCUACGCUAACAUUCCUGUACAUAAACACACGAAACCAUUAAUAAAGACCAAGAAAACACCCGGACUUUUUACAGACCCUGAGGAUCCUCCGUGGGUUCUGCACUACGAGGAACAGCUGGAACAAACGACCUGAAACACAAAAACUGUUGAUUUGAUUAAUCCGACGUUUUUCAUCAACUGAUGUCUGAGCGGACAGGACAGACGAGAUAAACCAGCUCUAACCGGGACUCUUCAACCAAACACGUGUUUCUGCUUCUCCUAGACGAUCUGGCUGAUCCAGGAGGUCCAGAUGUCCAACUCGUCAGUCCUGCAGCUGACCAACUGUUGGACAGAAACCUGCGUCCUCCCGGUGACAUCAUGUUGAAGACAGGAAGACAGCUUGUCCUGAAACAUUUGACUCGGUUGUUCCUUUCACGUAAAUCUAGCUCAGAUUUAUCGAGAUGCAGUUCCUUUGGCGCCUGCCAGGUGCCGCUCUCAAACCCCCCGGACUCAAGAGACGAAGAAGAGAAGAACGAUAAGCCCACAACACAAAGAGGCACAAAAUGAUCCCAUCUACAAGACUACGUCCAUCACAGGGACACCUGGACAGGUCUCCAGUCCAUCACAGGGACACCUGGACAGG